GAGGGCGACGAAAAAGGAUUCGUUGUGGUACACGAGGUAGAGGUAGGAUUGUAUGAGGUAAAUAUCUCGGGACUUAGUGGUCACUGGCGUGCAAUGCGUACGUUUGGCGAACCACUUGUAAAUCUACGAUCCAUUACAUACAAAGAUAUGGUAAAUGCAAGCGAAAAAGCUUUGUGGUAUCUGUUUAAGCCAAUCGGCAUGAACAUGCAACAUGUUGAUCUCCGUGGUUGUCGACGUUUCAAAGGGCGUUGCUUCCGAUUAUUUGGCGAUGCACUGGAAAAUGUACGCAUCAUUCAUCACUAG